UAAAAACAAAAAAAAAGAGAGAAGAAUAAUGAUAUGGAAAAGGAAAGAAAAGAAUAGAUACGUUGAUGUGUUAUCAUGUUUGUGAAGCCAGGUAGCCGUUUUGUUUAGCUUUUAUAUCACUCCUCCUUACAAACGGCGAAUAAAUGCUUAGAAACUAUACCCCAUUUGCAUUUCAUCAUUAUUACUACACAACACAACACAAACUUUACCUUUUCUUUCUCUCUCUCUCUCUCUCUCUUGAUAGGAGAAUGAGUUCUUCUUCUGGUCAAAGCAGCAGUAGCUAUGAUCUCUCUUUCAAGAUCUUGUUGAUUGGUGAUUCUGCUGUUGGAAAAAGCAGCUUAAUUCUUAGCUUCAUCUCUGCUUCUGUUGAAGAUCUUUCCCCCACUAUUGGUGUUGAUUUUAAGAUCAAGCUUCUAACAGUAGGUGGCAAGAGAUUGAAACUAACUAUUUGGGACACUGCUGGGCAGGAAAGGUUCAGAACACUAACUAGUUCUUACUAUAGAGGAGCACAAGGAAUCAUUCUCGUUUAUGAUGUAACAAGAAGAGAUACCUUUACAAACUUAUCAGAGGUGUGGUCCAAAGAAGUGGAACUUUAUUCAACUAAUCAGAAUUGUGUGAAGAUGCUAGUUGGAAAUAAAGUUGAUAGAGACUCUGAAAGGGUUGUGAGCACAGAAGAGGGUUUAGCUCUAGCCAAAGAGUUUGGAUGUUUGUUUUUUGAAUGCAGUGCCAAAACUCGAGAAAAUGUAGACAAGUGUUUCGAAGAACUUGCACUAAAGAUAAUGGAAGUUCCUAGUCUUUUGGAAGAAGGAUCAACAUCAGUGAAAAGGAAUAUUUUAAAGCAAAAACAGGAACCUCAAGCAUCACAAGAUGGUGGUUGUUGCUCUUAAAAUGCUGCAAUUUGAACAUUGAGUUUUAACUACCACAUAUUGAACUGGUCCUCUUAUGUAAUAUUCUUCCAUAGUUUCUUAUUGGCUCCAUUGUCUUUUGGUUGCUCAAUAGAUUGUACCACAACUAAUGGGGAAUUGGCGAUAAUAACGCAAAUCAACUGGUGUAAAUUUCUAUACUUUCUGUCAUUGUUUUUAGCCUAUACGUAUUCAAAUCAAUACAACCUUGUGCAACUACAAAAUGGUGUUUUAAA